UUUUUCAGUCAUAAAACGCGCGUCCAAGAAUUUGGUUAUUAUAUAUCAAAUUCGAACGAGUUUCCCCUAUUUUUUGUUGUUUUUGUACAUGGAAACAUAUGUAUAUCUGUGUGGGUGAAUCAAUGUUUGGAAUUUUGAAUUGCAAAGCAAAAAAUUUGAAAGAUAAGUAAAAAAGUAAACAAAUUGGAAAACUUAUAAACAAAAAUUGUGCGCAAUGUUAAGUGGAACGGCUGUAAUUAAAGCUAAUUGUGCGCUGUAAUGCAUUGUUUGUAAUAAAUAUUAAGAAUAUUUGCGUCUGGAAAAUUUUUAGAGAAAAUAAUUCACUUGCGUUUUAAUAUUUUUUGAAGUAUACAUACUACAUACAUACAUAUAACGAAAAAGUAUUGUGUGCAUAUUUUUGUGAAAAAUCUGGAUAAACGCAAAUUUUAAAUUCGGGCAAAUCAACGCGAUUGUGUUUUAUGUAUAACAACGGCAGAAAGCCGCAUUACGUACUGUGCACGUGUGUGUGUGUGUGCGGAGUGUGCAUUGCGGCUGUAUCGGGCGUACCAGUGGGUGGCAAAGCUGAUUCGGCGAAUGUCCUUCAAGAAUUUUGUGAAAUGUCAAGUGAUUGGUUCGGUAUUGUGAGGAAAACAUUAGAAAAAAUUUUGAAAAAGUGCGAAUAUAAAGAAAUUGAAGUAUUUGGCGCAGUCAAAGCGCAUUGAAGUUGGUGGGCUGCCGGUGGAGGCUCCCACAGGAAUAUCUAUGCAGCUACCAACGAUUACUCAUCGCGUUCGAUAAAACAAAAACAACAACAAAAAGCAAAAGUGGUAGAGUGUCUUCCAAAGCACAGACCUCUACCAAGUGGCAGAAAAUAGCAAUACAAGCAUAUGUUUGUGUACAUAUGCAUGUUUGUAUAAAGGAAGCAUAAAAAUAGAAUGUUUUAUUUUUUGCAAAUGUAAAUAAAUGGCAUAAAAAUAAAAGUGAUAAAAAUAUACAUGCCUACCUAAAUACAAACAAAAGUAUACGUCACACUGCAGACGGUACAUACGAACGGCUGUAUUCCUGCCUAUUUGUGACAACGCAAAAAAUAUACGUAUGUAUGUAUGUAAAAAAAUAAAAAUAAAACAUAAAAACAAAACAAAAAGUAACUGCCUCUCGUUGGAGGCCGUGCUGACAUUCGAAGCAUAAACAUACAAACAAGCAAACCAAGUGCGCCCUGAACUGUUUGCUUCCUUUGAACUUGUAUAACUACGUACCUACCUACCUACAUGCGUGUAUUUCAUGAGCCAAGAAAUUGAGUAGCAUCUUCCAACGCUGGCAUUUUUUAUCAUCCAAUUUUUUUUUUUUUAUUCUGUAUGUACGUUUGCAUAACUUGUUUUUAUAAACGUACAAGAUAAAAGUUUAUUUGUUUUAUGUUUUGCUUAAAACUGGUAUAAAUUCUUAUUGGAUUACGUUCUUCUACGGGCAACACAAACAACAGCAAACAACUUGGCCUUCACUUCUUUUGAUUUUGCGGCCAAGAUGAGCGAACGCAAAUUCUCACGCGUCCUAAACAGCAACAAAGCCGGUAUGGCGGCUCAGUUGCGGGAAACCGUUUCGCAGGUGGUGCGGCAGAGCACGGCAUUGAUGCAAUAUCCUGCAGCGGACAGCCGUCAUUUGAGCAAAUCUCACGUCGUUGAACCUAUCGAUUUUGAAGGUUUUGUCGCGAAGAACAAAAUGCUGAUACAAAACGAUCCACAGCGGGAACUAUUGAUAUAUCCCAAUGACGAUGUGUCGGAAAUCGUCAUGCCUCGCAAACAGCGCACAAAUAACAAAUCUAUCAUCGAUCGUUUCGAACCGCCUAACGAAGCAAUCAUCUGUCCCCUGCAUGGUGGCACAAAUGGCACAAGUAACGGCUCGAGUAGUACUUCCAUCUCUCGACAGAGCAGUCACACAAACAGUCCGAAGAUGACACAACGCCAAAUAAGCAGUCAAUCCAAUGGUAAUCUCUCGCGUAAAAGUUCACAGAGCUCAACUACCAAAUUACAACCAUCGAUAAAAUCACCAACUUCCUCGCAUGAAUCCUAUGAAUCUGCGCUAUCCAAUGUAGGUUCGAUAGCUGGCGGUACAUCACAUUCAUCAUCUUCAUCGACAUUGAAAUCGAAUAUACUCGCACAGCCGGAGGAGGAUGAGGACUUGGAUGGCUCGGAUGGUGGUGGCGGCGGCGCGGAUGGCAUGAGUAGUGGUGGAGGUACACGCGCCGAAUGCACUCGCUUCACGCGUCAAGCGCUCUACACAUACCGUGCUAAGAAUCAUCUCAUACAUUACAAAUAUAGUGCAUAUGGCGGCACUUGUCACGAUUUGCCAAAAACAAAUCCGCCAGAAGCUUUGAUAGAAGAGGUCUACGAGAUUGACGCAGAUCAAGAUCGUAUUGACGAACAAAUGACAAGAUCUCAAGCUGAUUCAAUAACGAAGCAAGGUUACUUGUUGAAAGGUCCCGACUCAGGCUCGGAUCGUAUGUUUGUCAAUAUAGGCAAUAAAUCGUUUAAGCGAAGAUAUUGCUACCUUCGUCAAGAGGUCGACGGCACAUACAUACUCGAAUUACACAAAGAUGAAAAACAAGGUGAGGCCAAAGCCACCAUAGUCAUGGACUUCUGCACGGAGGUUGUACAGAAUCCCAAACGUGGCCGCUUCUGCUUUGAGCUCCGUAUGACCGCUGGUCAUAAGUCGUUUACGCUCGCCGCCGAGAACGAAGAGGAGUUCAAGGAUUGGCUGAGCAAGCUUUCUUUGGUUUUGCAACAAAACAAAAUUCAGGAGGAUAAGCGCGUCGCAUCACUUGAACGCGCACCACAACCCACCACCAACACGGUUAUUUUCGGUACCUUGAAAGGUCUCGAUCAAUCCAUGAAUCCGCAGUUGAUCAAGUAUGGCCGUGAAACUGACAUUUCCAUUGCGCAAGCGCGACGUGAGCAUCGACGGCGUCUCUUCGCUUGCUACCAAUCAAAUGCCAAAGCCACAAUAACCGAUAGCGUCGAUCAGUUUCGCGAGCAAUUCGGCAAACGUAUCUUCAUAGCCUGCAAGGGCUUGCGCUUUCGCUUGCAAUGUGCCGGCACUGAUGGACUGGAUGGUGAGAAUCUAUGUCAAGUGGAGCCGUACAUAACCAGUCUGGCGCUGUAUGAUGCGCGUAGCGGACGCAAGCUUACAGAAUCCUUCUAUUUCAAUGUGAACGAUGACUAUGUAAGCGAUAUGCUACCUACAACGCCUGUGCCGAACUCUGUAUCCGCUUGUUGUGUGCCACAGCGCCGUGGUGACGAAAAGGAGGAUCGCGUGCGCGGUAAUACUAAUGGCGUGCGUGUACAAAACUCGCUGAUAGAAAAUCUCUCCGGUGAUCUGUUGCGUUGCACCAAAGAACACUUCGCACAUCUGCGUCAGUCUAUAUUCUCCGUGACAGCGCCACAUCCGGACAUCUUUUUGGUAUUGAAGGUGGAGAAAAUACUGCAAGGGAGUAUAGUACAAGCAGCCGAACCGUAUUUGAAGACUGGACGUGAUCCAAAGAUCGCGCUUAAAUUACACAAAACGGCGCGUAGUUAUGCACAGAAUAUUGGGCAUUACCGUCAGCCAUUCGCGUGGGCGGCGAAACCGCUCUUCCGGUUGUAUCGCAACGAAUUGGAUACGGAAAAUAAUACAUUCGAGUUGACGACCAUCUACAGACAGGAGGCGAAUAAAUUGAAAGAUGAGGAGCUAUUAAAGCUGUUGGCCGAAUAUCGAAAGCCCGAUAAGUUGAGCAAACUCACUGUCAUACCAGGCUAUAUGAAGCUAACCAUUGAGGAGGUAGAGAAGGUGUCAGGUUCCUUUACUAAAUCUUUAGUACCGCUAGCUAACUUCACAUUUCCACCCAAACCGCCCACGCUCGAGCUGACCGAAUUCCAAAGCAAUUGCAAACGCGAUACCUACCCAUACAUAACAUUCUGCAAUCAUUUAUUUGUCUAUCCGCAGUAUUUGCAAUUCGAUAGUCAGAAAUUAUUUUCGCGCGCACGCAAUAUUACCGUUGUCGUGGAGUUGCGCGACUCAGAUGAGGAGGGUAGCAAACCGUUGAAGUGUAUUUAUGGCCGCCCAGGUCAUGAUUUUCUGGUCACACAAAUCGCCUGUCCCGUGCUGCAUCACAAUACCACGCCCACUUGGUAUGAAGAGGUGAAAAUGCGGUUGCCUUUGGGUCUAUUUCCCGAGCAUCAUUUACUCUUCUCUUUCUAUCAUGUUUCGUGUAAUUUGGGUAAGAAACGUGAUGCCAAUGCGUCUUUUGAGACCCCGAUCGGCUAUGCUUGGUUGCCGUUGUUACAGAAGGGACGCAUAAAUUUGGAGGAGCAGGUCAUUGCUGUGGCGGCUACGCUGCCGGCGGGCUAUUUGUCGAUACAGCCGUUGGGACUUGGAAAAGGGCAGAAUUGCGGUCCUGAAAUACAAUGGAUCGACAGUCAGCGACCACUUUUUGGUGUCGCUUUCCGAAUGGACUCCACCGUACUGACCGCAGAUCAACAUUUGCAUAAUUUCUUCGCACAUUGUGAGCGGCUGUUGGAGGGUGGCAAAACCACUGCAUUGCCCGCUGAGUCGGAGACGUGUAAAAUCCUCAAAGCAGCACAUGCGAUUGAUAUUAGUACAUUGAUUAAUUUCCUACCGACUGUAUUGAAUGAACUUUUCACUCUACUUGUGCACACACAGUCCGAGGAGAUCGGCGUGAAUAUCAUACGAUUACUGAUCAAUAUCAUACACAUGCUCAUCGAUGAGGCUGGACGGAAGGAGUUGCUCAGCGCUUAUGUUAAGUAUGUCUUCCAUGCGCCGUAUUAUAGUCAGAAGACGUCACGUACUGUGCACGGCGAGUUGUGCAAAUAUUUACCGACUAUUUUGCAUCCCAACAAUACCGAUUUUCUGAUUGUCAAUAAGUUUAUGCAUUACUCGGGCAUAUUCUUCGAUUUGAUUAUCAAAAGUAUGGCGCAACACCUUUUGGACACAGGUCGCAUACGUAUGUUGCGCAACGAACGCUUUCCGAAGGAGUAUCCGACGCGCGUGGAGAGUUUGAUAAAGGUACUCACUUCCUAUUUGAUUUCGCGCUACAAGGAUCUGCCUUUGGAGACGCAACAGUUGAAUCGCUCGUUAUCCCAAUUUGUACGUCGCUGCCUCAGCUACAUGGACCGUGGUUUUGUCUUCAAGCUGAUCAAGUAUUAUAUGGAGCAAUUUGAGCCAGGUGAUCAGCGUACGUUGCAGGAGUUCAAAUUUGAUUUUCUCGCAGAGAUCUGCCAGCACGAGCAUUAUGUACCGCUGAAUUUGCCAUUUGUGCUGAAUCCCAAGAAUCGGCCACCGGAAAUGAUGUUGCACUUCACACUCUCAGAGGACUUCUGUCGCCAGCAUUUUCUCGCCGGUCUCUUACUGCAAGAAUUAAAGCGUAGCCUGAAUGAGCCGAGCACUGUGCGACGGCAUGCUUUGCGCAUCUUUAAGAAUCUGCUCGCCAAACACGAGCUCGACGAUCGUUAUCAGAACCGUGGCCAGCUUUCGCGUAUAGCGCUUCUCUAUGUACCCUGGUUGGGUAUUGUUAUGGAGAACUCGCACCGCAUCGAUGAUAUGUCGGGCGUGGCAACACCCAACGGCCACGUAUACGCCGACUCAGCUUCGUAUACGCAGCGCCUAUCCUGUUCCAGCAGUUAUGUGUUUGGUAAAGAGACUGUUUUGAAUUCGUUAACCUCCACACCGCGCUCCAAGAACCGCAUGACGUUACACAUUGAACAUCCUAGUCCGCUGCGCGCUUCGGUCUACGUUAGGGAUGUGCCGCAUACGGGCACAGCACCACUCGCUAAUGGAAAUUCGGAGAGUUCACUUAAUACGCUGAACUCAGAUUCACAAAACUCCCAAGACACACCUACUAUGGGCGCAAUUACAAAUGGUCACCACGUCACCGAUUUGUCGGAGGUUGCCAUGCGUAAUGGGCAUAACCGGACGAUUAACGUAAUGCAAGGUUUGAAUUGCCUGCCGCGUUGCGAUAAAUUCAAUACGGCGGAGAGCAAGGAUCUUCUCAUGGGUUUCCUCUUUGUCGUCAAGCACUUGGCGCAAGACCAAAUGAUCGGCUGGUGGCAGAAUUGUACUGACACCGAAACUCUUGCCUAUCUCAGCAUACUCGACCUGUGUCUGGUGCAGUUUCGUUAUGUGGGUAAAAAGAAUAUCAGUUUGACAGAUGAUGGUAAGGAGUCGCGUAUGGCACGCACCGCCAAGGCAAGUACUUUGCCCGCACGUAUGCAGCCACCUAAUGCGGAGCAAGCCUCUAAUGGCAAUGGUACCACUCACGAGUCCGGCACACUGAACCUCACGCAAAAUCGGGAAAACCUCGUUGAAGAGACAGCGCGCAAUCAACAGGCGUUGUACGAGUCCAAUCUGGCUACUGAAAUCGGCAUGAUCAUACUUGAUACUCUCGGCUUGUAUGCAGUACAUUUCCGUGACAAACUCUGUGAUAGUCUUGUGUUACCGCAACUGGCGCGUGUCUAUCUCCGAUUCCUGCAGCUCGGCCAAUCAGAGAGGUUAUCGAAACACGUCUUUGCCGCCUUGCGGGCAUUCAUCAACAACUUCUCGCCUGCGCUCUUCAAGGGCAACGCAACGCUGUGCGGUCAGAUGGUUUAUGAAUUGCUAAAGGGUUGCGACAGCCGCCUCGUCGCCAUACGUCACGAGUCCUGCGCUGUGCUGUAUCUGUUGAUGCGCAGCAAUUUUGAAUAUACCGGCCGCAAGGGUCUAACACGCGUACAUCUUCAGGUGAUCAUAUCGGUUUCGCAAAUGAUUGGCAAUGUGAUCGGUUUGAAUAAUGCGCGCUUCCAAGAAAGUCUCUCCAUGAUUAACAGUUAUGCGAAUAGUGAUAAAGCAAUGAAAGGCACUGGUUUCCCAGUGGAGGUGAAAGAUCUUACGCGUCGCGUACGCACCGUGCUUAUGGCAACCGCGCAAAUGCAAGCGCAUCACAUGGAUCCCGAACGUCUGCUUGAGCUCCAGUACUCACUUGCGAACUCUUAUGCUUCCACACCCGAACUGCGUCAUACCUGGCUUAUCACAAUGGCGCGCAAUCAUGAACAGAAUGGUAACAUUUCGGAGGCCGCCUGCUGUCACUUGCAUAUCGCUGCUCUCAUGUCGGAAUAUUUACGCCUACGCGGUGGUUGCAACAUUAACUGGGGCGCUUCGGCUUUCACCAAGAUUUCGCGAAAUAUACCACGUGACGAGCAAGGCUUGAAGCUGGAUGCUGGCGCACAGGAUUCGCAAUACACCGAGCAGAUGUUGCUGGAUCAGUUGAAGCAAUGCGCUGAUUUUCUCGACCGUGGCGAGCGCUUCGAGUGUUUGGGCGAUCUCUAUAAACUCAUUUUGCCGAUGUAUGAACGCAGUCGUUCAUAUAUCGAGUUGGCGCAAUCGUAUGAACAUCUCAUGCAAGCUUACAAUAAAAUUGUCGAAGUGAAUCGUUCGGGCAAACGCAUGUUAGGCCGCUUCUAUCGCGUCGUCUUCUUCGGCAUGGUUUACUUUGAAGACGAUCACGCAGUCGAAUUCGUUUAUAAAGAACCGAAACUAACCUCACUUAGUGAGAUCUCAGAACGUUUAUCGAAACAAUACAAAGAGAAAUUCGGUGCAGAUGUUGUCAAGAUGAUAAUGGAUUCAUCGCCGGUGGAUGGCAAUACGCUCGACCCCAAACUGGCUUAUAUCCAAGUAACGCAUGUCAUACCAUUCUUCAGCAAGGAAGAACUCGAUCAGCGACUCAACGAAUUCGAGCAAAAUCACGAUGUCGACACAUUUAUGUAUGAAACGCCGUUUACGAAGUCGGGCGCAGCACGUGGCAGUGUCGAGGAGCAGUGGAAGCGCAAAACCGUUAUUAAAACGACCUACUCAUUCCCAUACGUGCUCAAACGAAUACCGGUGAAGUCACGUGAAAUAAUCGAACUGAGCCCCAUCGAGGUGGCAAUCGAUGAGAUGCAAACCAAAGUUUCAGAACUGGAGGAGGUCAUAUUGCCGCCGGCAGAUGUGAAGAAACUACAAUUGCGACUGCAAGGUAGUGUAGCGGUAACGGUAAAUGCUGGCCCCCUGGCUUAUGCCCAAGCAUUUUUGGAUCCGAAAAUUGUUAGCAAUUUCUCAAUAGAUCGUGUCGAGGAUUUGAAGGAUAUUUUCAGAGACUUCGUUAAGGUCUGCAAUACGGCACUCCAAUUGAAUGCGCGCAUGAUCAGUAACGAUCAGGUGGAAUAUCACAAUGCGCUCACCGAAAACUAUCGUAAACUCUGUCAGGCGCUUAGCGAGCUACUCGGUGAGCCAUUUGAGCCUUUGGACGAGAGCGUCAGCAGCGGGCAACGUAAUAGCAUGGCUUUGUUUAAUGCAAUCAGUGGCGCUUCGCAAAAUUCAAGUACUGCCUAAAACCAAUAUACACUCUCUAAAUACAAAAUGAUAAAUAAUUAAAAAAAUAAUAAUUUUUUUUUAAACAAACUCAAACAAAAUCUGCACAUGCGCACGCACACAGACUAUAUAAACUCACAGAUAUAAUAUGAUUAUAUGAUUGUGAUUUAGUAAAAUUAUAGUUAAACAAAAUAUUUAGUAUUAUUACACACACACACACAACACACACGCAUACACACUUGACAAGGUUUUCGAUUUUAAGUGACUAACCAAUUAAUAAUGAAAAAAACUAAUAAAAAAACUUACUUAACUUAAGAAAAGCAUGUAUGCAAAUUAUUCAUAAUUUAGCAAUAAAAACAACAAAAAAUUGUGCGUGGCAUCAACUACAUAUACAUAUAUAUGAAAAAUGCUUUUAUGUAUGGCUUUAUUAAACUCAUUUAUUGUGAUUGGUGGGCGUAUGGCAUAUACAUACAUACAUACAUACAUACAUACUGCAUAUACUUACUGCCUAUAUGUUUGGUGUGUGUUUGUGUGGUGUGUAUUAUAAUCUACGAAAUUGUGAUUGAUCAUUGGAUUUAAUUUAACGGUGUUUGACUUUAUGCUUUGUGACACUAAUAACGCAGGUGCUUUUGCCAAGGGCUUUGUGGGCGCGGCAAUUAAUGGUUUUGGUUUUGCAGUGUACUAAAUAAAAAAAAAAUUGAAAAACUUAAAAACAAAAGCAACACAGUCACAAAGUAAAAAAAAAAAAAAAAA